AGGGUCGCGGGGGUAUGCUGGAGCCUAUCCAGCAAUUACGUAUUUAACUUAAAUUACGCGUUUCACCCUGAAUACGUCAGCCAAUAUUUAAAUAACAUUGUGGAUUAAAAGCGUCGACAAAAUCGUAUAUAAGGUAUAUAAAGCUUUGAAAUACGCAUUUCAAAGAGACACUCUUUGAUGUAUGUCAUCAAAGGAUAAAGAAACAACAGAGUUCUGUAUGAAGAGACCCUCGGGCAUAAACGUGUUUCAACUCGUCAACAGAAACGUGAACCCGUCGUCAAUUGCCUUGACAUCUUUAAGGAAACUCACUGGCAGCAGUUGAAAGUGACCGUGUGUGAGUCCGCCACCAUGUCUGAGGACGGUGUGCAUCAGCAGCCCCACUCUGUUGCCUUCAUGGAGGUGCGCUGUGCUUCGGGUGAUAACGCAGCCUCCAUUGACCCGGUUUUGGAUAAAGCCAAUGAGUCCUCAGAGGAAGAGUUCUCCGCGGAAAUGGACGAGGAGACUAUUGGCCACAAUGCAGUCAAGGCCUCCGCUGAACACACCUUGAACACACAAACAGUAAAUGCCCAGCGUCCACACUCUCUGUCAGUGACAGCCACAGCAGCACCGCAGUCCAACCUGUGGACGUGUCAGCGCGACGGCAAAGUGAAGCUUCGCAUGGAGGACUCUGGCCUGGCCGCUGAGACCCCUUUGACGGUCCAUCAACUCUUUGCCUCAACAGUGAAGAAUUUUGGCAAAUAUACUGCUUUGAGCUGGAAGGAGGGCGAGCAGAAGAAGAGCCUGAACUAUAUAGAGUACUACAAUACCUGCCGCACAGCAGCUAAGAGCUUCCUUAAGCUGGGGUUACAACGUUACCACGGCGUCGGUAUCCUGGGCUUCAACUCUGUAGAGUGGUUCAUCGCUGACAUUGGAGCCAUUUUGGCAGGUGGCUUUGCUGUGGGCAUCUACACAACCAAUUCUCCAGAGGCUUGUCAGUAUGUGGCCGAGAACUGCAAGGCCAAUAUCCUUGUAGUGGAGAACCACAAGCAGCUGCAGAAGAUCCUUCAGGUACAAGACCAGCUGCCAAACUUGAAAGCCAUCAUUCAAUACAAAGGUGCACUAAAAGAGAAGAGACCAAAUCUUUACAGUUGGGCUGACUUCAUGGAGCUGGGACGUGACGAGCCUGAUGAUCCGCUUGAUGAGAUCAUCUCUAGCCAGAAGCCCAAUCAGUGCUGCAUGCUCAUCUACACUUCAGGGACCACCGGGCAGCCCAAAGGAGUCAUGCUCAGCCACGACAACCUGACUUGGACCGCACGUUCCACCAGUCGCCAUGUGAGCCUGACGGACGCCACAGAGUCCCAGGAGGUGGUGGUCAGCUACCUCCCCCUAAGCCACAUCGCAGCUCAGAUGGUCGACAUCUGGGUCAACAUGAAGGUCGGGGGGGUUACACACUUUGCCAACCCAGAUGCGCUGAAGGGCUCUCUCGUGAACACCAUGAAGGAAGUGCGGCCUACGGCCUUCUUGGGGGUGCCGCGUGUCUGGGAGAAGAUGCAAGAGAAUAUGAAGUCUGUCGGAGCCAAGUCCUCCGCUGUGCGCCGAAAAGUUGCCUCAUGGGCCAAAGAUGUGGGUCUGCAGACCAAUCUGAGCAAGAUGAAUCAAAGCAGAGCAGCAGAUCACACACCGCUGAGCUACCAAAUAGCCAAGAAGCUUGUGUUCAAGAAGGUGCGCAAGGCUCUGGGUCUGGACCGCUGCCACAGGUGCUACACAGGCGCUGCCCCCAUAACCAGAGACACUCUGGAGUUCUUCCUCAGCCUGGACAUUCCACUGUACGAGCUGUACGGCAUGAGCGAGAGCACGGGGCCUCACACCGUCUCCCUCCCAGAUGCUUUUCGGCUCACCAGCUGUGGCAAGGAACUCCCGGGCUGCAAGACAAAGCUACACAACCCAGACGAGGACGGGAACGGAGAGAUCUGCUUCUGGGGUCGCCACAUCUUCAUGGGUUACCUCAACAUGAUGGACAAGACAGAGGAAGCUAUAGACGCGGAGGGCUGGCUGCACUCCGGCGACCUCGGUAAACGCGACCAGAAUGGAUUCCUCUUCAUCACGGGGAGAAUUAAAGAGUUAAUAAUCACAGCCGGAGGAGAGAACAUCCCUCCUGUACCUAUCGAGGAUGCAGUGAAGGAAGCUUUGCCCCUGAUAAGCAACGCCAUGCUGAUAGGAGACAAGAAGAAGUUUCUGUCCAUGCUGCUCACCGUGAAGUGCCAGGUGAACGCCGAAACAGCCGCCCCGCUGGAUGAGCUCACCCCGGAGGCCGUGGAGAUCUGCAAGAAACUGGGCAGUAAGGCCACGCGCGUCUCUGACAUCGCAGGCGGCCGCGAUCGCGCCAUCAACGCCGCCAUCCAGGAAGGGAUUAACCGUGUGAACGAGAAAGCGACCUCCAACGCUCAGCGCAUCCAGAAGUGGCACAUUCUGGAGGAAGACUUUUCCAUCACUGGAGGGGAACUGGGUCCCACCAUGAAGCUGAAACGACCAGCGGUAGCCAAAAAGCACAAACAGCAGAUUGACAACUUUUACAAAGAAGUCACAUCUCCAACGACCCCCGAAAACCCGCUGCCCCCAAAGUGAAAGCUCGCACACCCGUGCUCUUUUCUCGCAUUUAUCAUUCUUCUUUUUUUUUUUAUCUUCAUUGCCUUACUUGUUUUUGUGGCUUGUUCCGUCUUGGUUUACAUGUAUGGAUAAGAGGUUGUAAACGAGCUUUAUCAUUUUUGAAGAUGUUUUGAAUAAGCUGAAGCUAUUUAUUUGUGUUACAUCCAGAACGUAGCAAUGUUUGUCAAAAAGAAAAGGUCGUGUGGUAUUAUUAUUAUUAUUGUUAUUAUUGUUGCACUGUAAUACUUGAUUAAAAAAAAAACACAGAAUCCAAAAUUGAAUUUAUAAAAUGUUUGAAAAAGGUUGUGGAUUUUAUUUCCAAUGUUUGCCACAAACAAGCUUCAUUUCAAGUGAAAUGCAAGCCGUCUACGUCACUUCAGUUGCCUCAGCAGGCAGGCCUGGAUUUACUCGCAUAUACAGUAGUUGCAAGAAGGAUCACUUCUAAAUGUCUCGAAUCUUCUCAAUCCUUUAAGAAGUCAUCUAAGCCAUAUAUGUGAAGCUUUUUGGCUAUAUCUCUGUGCUGGAUGCCCUGUGUGCGCACUAGCUACAACCUCUUUAACCCGUGUGUGUGUGUCUGUGUGCGUGUGUGCAAACUCACACAAUACUGUAUUGUAUAUAUGCUUUUGUGCUAUACAAAUGUUAGAUUUGCAAUUGUAUGGUAAAUAUAUGAUCUGUUCUGAGCUGUCUGUACUUUAUGCAACUUGAGUAGAUGAAUGCUUUCUAGAAGACAUGUCCUACUUGAAAUCAGAUGUUGGAAUCCAAAGAGCUGUAAUGUGUAGAUGAAGGUUUGAAAGAGAAUAUUGUUGGCAUUUGUAGCACUCUUUUGAUUGUUACGGUGGGUUUGGCAGCACCGGCCGGCUUGCUUAAACUACCUGAAUUUCAGGGUCAAUGUGGUGUCAUUUCUGAUAUAUACUAUGAUACUGUUAUAUAUGCUUUGUUUAAAUGUCACAGUUGGGGUGUGUGAGGUUUUUUUCUUCCUGUCAUGUCACAUAAGGACGUUUUUAUGUGCCUGCAGAAUUCCACUUCCAUCUCUUUAAUGAAGGAGUGUGCUAUUAAAGUGUAAUUCACCCUAAAGCAUCAAGCUGUGAAGUUAAACUGGAUUCACCGUUAGCACAUUGUGCACAAUUCUGCAGGAAAGGCGCACCGCAGGCACAAUUAAGCUCUAAAAUGUCAAUGACCAGAUGUGUAAUAAAAAUGGAACACCCUCGUGUGUUGUUUGGCUC